AUGGACUCCAGAAACUUGGCUAUAGGAACAGUAAUCUCACUUCAGAGUACAUUAGGAAUUCUGGGAAACGUAUCUUUUCUUUUUCACUAUCUACUAAUUUACUACAGCGAACAGACAUUAAAGACUGUAGACUUAAUUCUUACACACGUGUUCACAGCAAAUUCCUUAAUCAUUCUUUCUAGAGGAGUGCCCCAGAUAAUGAGAGCUUUUGAGUGGAAAAGGUUCUUCAGUGAUGUUGAAUGCAAACUUAUUUUAUAUAUUUAUAGACUUGGUAGGAACAUGUCCAUCGCUACAACCUGCCUCUUAAGUGUCUUCCAGGCCAUUGCCAUCUGCCCUAGUGUCCCCUAUUACAAAGAUCUUAAAAUUAAAUUACCAAAAUAUAUUCACCUCUCCAUUUCAUUUUUUUGGAUCCUGUACAUGACAGUAAAUAUUGUUUUACCCAUGUAUACAUCUACCCAAAGAAAUGGUGAAAAUAAGACAAAAAAGACAUAUUUUGAAUUGUGUCACUCUCUCAGUCAUGACAAAAUAGUAGAUUCAUUGUACACAGCAUUUUGUGUGUUCCCUGAAGUAUUAUUUUCUAUACUUAUUGUAUGUUCCAGCAUCUCCAUGAUUGUCAUACUUUAUAGACACAAGAAAAGGAUUAAAUACAUCCUCAACACUCACGCCUCCACUAGAAUUUCCCCCGAAUCCAGAGCCACACAGAACAUCCUUGUCUUGGUUUGCACCUUUCUACCUUUUUAUACCGUCUCCUCCAUUUUACAGGGCUACAUGGCUCUUGCCCAUGAUUCCAAUUUGUGGCUAAUUAAUAUCACAACCAUCAUUUCCGUGUUUUCCUACUUUAUGCCCCUUAGUGAUGAGACAUGA